AUGUCCCACGCCGCCAGCGCCAUCGGCAACCCGGAUACUGUCCCUGCCCUUGCAGCGCCAGAGGGACAGGUCAGCAACCUCGACAACCCCUACUCUCUUAAAAGCUACAUCUACGGCACUGCAGCAGUGACCAUCACCUUGUCAACCGUCGCCGUCGCCCUCCGAGUCUACGUCAAAGCCCGAGUUCUGCGCCGCGCCCAGAUCGAGGAAUACAUUCUCAUACUGUCCCUGAUCGGAUUCUACUUCUUCAGCGGAUUUAUGAUCUACGCCGCACACCUCGGGCAGGGAACGCAUCAGUGGAACGUCUCCGUCGCCAACUUCCAAGAAGUCGUCCAAUGGGCAAAUAUCAUCGAAAUCGUCUACUGCCCGACGAUCCUCGGCGCAAAAGUCGCGAUGCUCUUGCAGCUGAAGCGGAUCUUCCUCGGCGUUACGCGCGGGAAGCUCUACUGGUUACAUGAAGUCCUCCUGUGGACGAAUAUCCCCUGCUACCUCGCCAUCAUGUUCAGCUUCGCCUUUGCCUGCGUGCCACGUGAGAAGAUCUGGGAACCACACUUGCCGGGCCGCUGUAUAUCGGUUAAUGGCUUGCUGAUCGGUUCGUCGGUCCUCAAUGUUGUCUCCGAUAUCACUAUCCUCUUGCUUCCUUUGGUCGUCAUCAUUCGCCUUCAGCUUCCGGCUCGGUCCAAGAUGAUUCUGGCGGCGGUCUUUGGGACUGGAAUACUGGGCUGCAUCGCAAGCAUAUUCCGACUCGUCUACGGGAUCCUCCUCACGCAAACGCACGAUUUCACCUGGGGGAUUGCCCCCAUUGGACUAUGGGCCCUCGGCGAAAUCUGCUCCGCAAUCCUAUCCGGCGCGAUCCCCAUGCUCCCCGGCUUCGUCAAAUUCGUGCGCGACCGCAAUGCAUCCUCGAACCGCGACGGGUCAUCCGCCAACAACGCGUCUGGCUCGCGAAGGGCGAAGCGGAGUCGGAAUACCAACACGAAGAAUACAGAGUCGGAAGCACAGAUUAUUACGCUCCCCGGGCGGGAUAAUGAGGAUAAUAAAGGGAUGCAUGAGCAUUAUUAUGAGAUGGGCGUUAUGGAUGAUGCGCAUGGGAGCGUUUCGGCGCUUAUUGACCAUGAUGGGGGGGAUCAUGGGCGUGGGGGUGGGGAUGGGAAUGGGAAUGGGAUUAUGCGGACUGUUCAUAUACGGACGGAGUAUGUUAAGGCUUGA